AUGGCCAAGGCUGACGCAUCCGACGCCGGUUCCUUUUCCGGUGCCAUGUUCACCUCCGAUCGCCUCAACGAGAUUCACAUCAAGGACCACGUACCUGUCAUCCUCGACCUCGACUCGCCGUCCUACAACGCAUGGCGCACGUACUUCGCGCUGUUGUUCCGCUCUUACCGUCUCAUCGAGCAUGUUGACGGGAGCGCUGACAUCCGCGACAUGAAGGACGAUGACGAGUGGCUCGUUGUGGACGCCUGCAUCGUCAAGUGGCUCUUCCUCACCAUCUCCGGCAGCCUCUUCAACAUGGUGAACACCCGUGAUCCGUCCGCGUAUGCUAUGUGGACGCGCCUGUGUGAUCUCUUCCUCGACAAUCAACUGCAGCGCCGCGUCUUUCUUCAAGGGGAGUUCUUCACUAUGCAGCAAAACGAUCUUUCGAUCGACGAGUACUGCACGCGGCUGAAGGUUCUCGCCGAUGAGCUACGCGACGUCGGCAUGACCAUCGAUGACUGGGUCCUCCUCACCAACCUCCUCCGCGGCCUCCACCCCGACCUUGGCCAGUCCGCCGCCAACCUCUCCCUCAUCACGCCGACGUACGCGAAGGCGGUCACAUAUCUUCGCAUAGAGGAAAAGCGUCUCCGUCACACCGCUCGACAGGCGACCCACGCCGCUCUCCACGUCGGCCUCGCCGCCGGCCAUGGCUCUUCCCCAACCCAGCCGAGGCCGCGCGCUCCCGCUCCUGCCUCGCCACCCGCGCCUGCGCCCUCCGGCGGCCGCAAGCAGAAGGGUCGCGGGGGCCGGGGCCGCAACUCCAACACGACGCCGCGCCCCCCUGCGCCCGCGGCGGCUGCACCUCCCCCGCCUUGGCUCUCGGGGUAUAACCCAUGGACGGGAGUAGUGCAUGCCUACUCCAUGCCCGUCCCUCGCCCACCAGCUCCGGGCAUUCUCGGGCCACGGCCGAGCACCCCUCAGGCGCUGCUGACCGCACCGGUCCCUGUCGCGUAUGGCACCGCCGCGGCCAACGGUGGCCCGUCGGCCUAUGGUGGUCCCUCGGUGUACGGCGGUGCGUCGGGCUAUGGUGCAUAUGGUGGCGCCCCUCCGGUCUACGACCCGGCGCUUCUCUCUGCCCUUCAUGCUACCCCCUCGCCGAGCGCCUACAACGGAGGCGGCGAUUGGUACAUGGACACCGGCGCCGCUGCUCACAUGGCCUCCAACCCCGAUAUCUUAUCGCGUGCCGCUCCCUAUCCCUUCUCCUCCCGCAUCAUGGUUGGUGAGGGCAGCUCUCUUCCCAUCACCCAUCAUGGAUGCUCGCUCCCGGAGGGUUCUGCACCGAUGUGA